AUGCAUUUCCUACAUUCCUCGACACUUUUGCUCCUUCUCGCAGCUGCGACAGCUCGCGCUGCCGAUACCGCGACGUCUUCAACGACAACAAGUGCACCGGCAUGUACGGCGGCAUCCAAGAGCGGCAGCGGGGCUUUCUAUGACUUGCGGCCGGAUAUCGCCGUCAAGCCGGAGGAGGGCAAGUCAUCAAAGUCAGGCGUCACGACCGAUUAUCACGCCAGAGGAUGGGACUAUGGCCGCAACUUCACUUUGAACAUUUGCGCGCCAGUCAUUGAGGCACUUGACGACGUUGAAGGCCUGACAAAGACCGAAUCGAAGAACGUGAGCGCGUUCUACGAAUACAAGAAUGAGGUGUACUCCAUUGGGUCAUCAUCCAUGGACAUUCAGACCCGCGGGCGCAUACUCGUCCUGCAGUACAAGAACGGUUCCCCAUGUGGCAAGACCAAAUCGAAACGAUCCAAAGCCCAUGAUGGGGCGUCAUACAACAAGUACGCCGACGAGGAGGAAUCCACGGCUUUGAGCGCCUUUGGCAACACCCAAAACAAGGUCACCGCCGACAAGGACGACUCAGACUCGACCACGCGCCGCAAGUCUGCCACCAUCUCCUUCCAUUGCGAUACCGAGCAGGUCGGUGGAGCUGCGCAUAUCUCCUUUGUCGGCUCAGACCCCGAUGACUGCGCGUACUUCUUCGAGGCCCGUUCCCAGCAUGCGUGCCCCAGAGCCGAACCUCACCAGCCCGGUAGCGUUGGUCCCGGCAGUGUGUUUGCCAUCAUAUUUGUCAUUGCCGUACUCGUCUACUUUGGAGGUGGCGUGUUCUACCAAAGGACUGUCGCGCAUGCGCGCGGUUGGCGACAGCUUCCCAACUACAGCCUCUGGGCUGGCAUUUGGGGCUUUGUCAGUGACAUGUUCAUUAUCGCGACCUCUUCUUGUGCACAGCUACUUCCCGGGAGACGAGGAUACAGCCAUCUGUCUGGGUCACCGAGCAGAGGCCGCAAUCGUGAAGAUGAGAACCGACUGAUAGACCAGCUGGAUGAGGAGUGGGACGAUUGA